GCGACCCCAUGUCGGUCCUCAUCACUGCAAUGGCUGGGAUUCUGUUGCUCGCCUUGGGGGUGCAAGUUGGCAUGUGGCUUGCGCCAUCUACCCAACGUCGAGGCUCUCUGCAGUCGUUCCUCCGAUUUGGAGAGCAUUCAAAGGUUAAUCGACCGUUGGUGGAAUCCACAAGCGAGAAUGGAACUACCCCACUUUGGGAUACCAUUGGCAGUGAAGCAUACUGGAAGACUCCUCAAGGUCAGGCUCACCUCAAGGACGAGGUCAAGAGAGCUGCUGCUGAUGUUGACUCCGUCAUGGAGGCGUUGAACACUGUGACAGCGAGCCCGAACAUUGUGCGAGCUGUAAUGAUCUGUUUACCUAGCGAUGGUGGCGAUAAACGGAAUCGCGAACUGAGAGCCCUCUACCUCUCCUGGCUUCUGGCUUUGUCCGAAGAACCUCCUCACUUGCGCACAGAUCUCGUCAUCUUCACCGACGAUCAGGCGGCUGAUCUCGCCGCCGGCCUCGGCUGCGUGAGAGAUGUCCGACAUGACUUCUCAACGCCAUCGCGGUGUGUUAUCGCCCCUUACACGCCUCUCGAACAUCGGACUCGGUCACCUUCCCAACCAGAGGACCCUCUUGUUCGGUAUUCUGGCUACAUGAAUAGCAUUCUCAGCUUCGCUGAAUACGAUGGUUAUGCCUACGAUUUAGUUCUUCGCACUGAUACUGACGUUUUCGUGAUGCCGGGUUUCUACAACUGGACACUACCGAGUGACGUCAACAUCAUUGUGGGUCUAGGCGGAUAUAGUGUAGAGAAUAAUGAUGCCCACUUAUUAUAUGUAUCCAAGACACUCGGAUUGCGAAAUGAAUUCAAUCACCGCAAUGUGGGCAGUACCUGGUUUGGUAAACUCACGCUCGCUCGAGCCGCCGCCCGUUUGAGUGUGGCUGCCGCACGAUGGCUUAUUGCGGAGGAAUACUCGGAAUACGAGAAGUGCUGUGCAGGCAUUCUUGGAUGGCCUCAUUGGCAUUGGGGCGUUGUCACUAUGUACAGUGGACAUCUAGCGCUCAAUCAUAUAGCGCCUUUCGCCAAAUCAGGAGAUGGGCACGGCAAUCUGGAUGUCGGGGCGGCUAGUUCCGACCUAGUGUCGGAUCCUAUGGUCAAACAUGUUCACUGCUGGCACUCAAACGAUCGCUUUUCCAAGUUUGAACAUGAGAAUGGGGCGUACGAUAGCUACGACCUCACGCCAUAUAUGGAAAUGGCUGUUAUCAAGGAUUUCGCUUUAGUUGUGGCAGUUACUAGUCUGAGGCUUACUCAAACUGAGUUCAAAGAUUUUUCCUCAAACCCUGGGACUUUACGUAACAGGUCGAGUUGGCUGCGACUCCUUCCUUAACAUUGACAGUAACAUUCCAUCGGUCUUUGCGCACUCGAUUUUCACUUAGUCUUAAAUCUUACCGUCGGCUCAUCA